AUGGCCACUGCCGCCCGGCAGUGCCGGGCGCUGGCCAGCCUCGCGUCGCAGUCCUGUGACGGGCUGCUAGGCGCCCGUUGCAUGGCCACCCUACCCGCUGCCCUGGCCUCACAAGUGGCAACACGCAGCCCUGGGUCCAUCGACCUCCCCGCCGACGUCAACGACGCCCUCCUUGCUGCUGCCAAGGGUGCAAGAAAGAAGCACCUGCGCGGGCAGGGUGCCGCACUGACGGACGAGCUGAAGCAUAUGUCCCGCAGCCGGCACCGUGGAGGCGUGCACCCCAACCUGCAUGGGGUUCCAGAGGCCCAGACGCAGCGCCCCACGCGUGGGAAAGCACGGCAGCAGCGACGUACCCUGCUGGCCGAGCUGGCCGGCGAGGUGCCGGGCCUGCCUAUGGCGGCGCGGACGAGAAGCGAUGCCGAGGCAGGUGCCGCCAGCAGCGUGUACUGGACGGCGCGGCUGGGGCCGGCCAGCCGUCGCGCCGACCUGGUCACCGCGGGCUACGUGCUGGGCGAGCUGGACGGCGACGGGGAGCGGCGCCGGCUGGUGGCCGACCUCUGGGCCAGGGUGGCGCCGGGCGGCGUGCUGCUGCUGGUGGAACCCGGCACGCCGGCCGGCAGCCGCGCCGUCGCAGCGGCCCGCACCCAGGUCCUAGAGGCUGCAGCGGACGGGGAGGGAAGCGGGGCGGGGCAAGGGAGGCGCGCGCAUGUGCUGGCGCCCUGCCCGCACGACGGCGCCUGCCCGCUGGAGGGCGCCGCGACCUGGUGCCACUUUGUGCAGCGCUUCCAGCGUGGGCCCCUGCAGAGGGCGGCCAAGGACUUUGCGCCGGGGAAGGUGACGGUGCGGUCCUACGCCGACGAGCGCUUCAGCUACGUGGCCAUCUGCAAGCGGCCCCGGCCGCACGGGCCGCCGCAGCCCGCCAUCGACGCCCUCAUCCCCCUGCCCGAUGAUGUCAUGGAGGCGUACCGUGCCCUGCCCCCCCACGAGGUCCCCCGGCGAGCCAGGCCGCAGCUCGGGCUUCCGGAGGACAUUGAAGGCCCAAAGGUUGUUGAGAAUCCAGCAGCACCGGCGGGGCCCAGCGGGGGCGCCGCUGGGAGAAUGGCGUGGGCGGAUGACGACGCUUUCCUCCUGCGGCUGGCCGAGGGCCGGGGCCUGCUCAGCGACCUGGAUGAGGACACGCUGCAGCUCAUCAGGGACAGCAUCGGCGAGGAUGCGGAGCUGGGGACCGAGGAUAUGGAGCUGCGGCGGAUUGGGAAGGGGGAGCUUGGGAACGAGGUGACAGGUGGGCAGUGGGUUUGGGGGGUGCAGCUGUGGAGUGGCGGCGGUAACGCUGGCAACGGGCACGACCCCGACCUCGACCUGGAGACCCUGGCGCAGGCCUCCGCCUCCACCUGGUCGCGGGUGCUGCGCCCACCCCUGAAGCGAGGCGGGCACGUGGUGCUGGACCUGUGCUCUGCCGUAGAAAGCGGGGCGCGGGGCGAGGCCGUGCGCCAGACCGUGUCGCGCCUGGGCAGCGAGCGGGCGCUGGGGGGACGGGGGGCCUACCGCCUGGCGCGGGGGCUGGGCUGGGGCGACCUCUGGCCCGCAGACUACCAGGACAGGCUGCCGCUGCAGAGAGGGGGGGCUUGGAAGAAGGGCGAGUGA